CCCUCUAGUCACCUUCUCUCCCCUCCCCUUCCUCCUGACACACCCACCCACCUCCCUCGACUUCGAUCUAGACCGGGAAGCCCCGGCCGCAUAUUCCCCCGCCGCCCAUGCCUCACCCCCCUCUCGUCGCCGCCGCCAGCCUCCGCUGCCGCCUACUCCUCUCCUCGCCGCUCGCCUCCUCCCGCACCCGCUGCUUCCUCCCCCGCGCCAUGGAGUCCUCCUCCUCCACCGCCGCCGCCGCUGCGGAGCACGCAGGUGGCGCGGCGGCGGGGGAGUACGAGGAGGUGCUGGCCCGGCUCUCCUCGCUCAUCACGCAGAAGGUGCGCGCGGACACCGGCAACCGCGGCAACCAGUGGGACCUCAUGGGCCGCUACCUCCAGAUUCUGGAGCUGGAGGAGCCCAUCGCGCGGAUGAAGGUCAUCCAUGUCGCCGGCACCAAAGGUCAUCCAUGUCGCGCGGCCCGAUCGGGAAGCUCCGAUUCGUCUGCCCACCAGUCAGCAGCAGCAACCUAGUCGUCGUCGUCGAUGGCAGGGUUGUAAUCUCACUGUCACGCUAAUGGACGCAAAAAAGAAGAGUGGUAGUACUAUCAAUGGUUCAGUCAGCGCCUCAACAGCGUCUGCACUACUUCUGAUAUUGUUUUUCAGUAGCUUUUUUCUGCACCUUUUUCUUUCAGUUCUUAGUGCUGCUGCCCCAUGAACACAUUUUUUUUUUAAUUUGACUGUACAGUCAAAUGAAGCCUUUGUUAAGUAUACACUCCAAAAUUCAGUUAACAGUAGCCUAACUGAAUUUUCUGUUUCUGAAUUUAUAAACUCACUUUAUAUUCAGUUUAUAAAUUAACAGUAGCUUCAAAAUUAAGUAUCAUUCGCAUGGAUCAACUGUUAUUUUAUUUUGUGGAGGAUAAACUUCAGAUCAUGAAUAAUGGCAUUACAAGUCAACUUGGCACAAUUACACAUGUCCUGAACCUCAUAGAAUCUGACACUAGCAAGUCUUCAUUGGCAUGCAAGUACUACUUUUACAUUGUCAUGACAGGAACAAUUAAUUUGACAUGUAUCAUUGGUACUGCUAAAACAUUUCGUUCAUGUUUCAACAAAUUUGGUGAAGACCACUUCAUAUGUAUUUUGCAUAUAUGAAUUAUCUCCUGUUGCUUUCUAAGAUGUUAGUUCUUUCAGUUCUAGCCCUCCUAUCUUUAAUUCCUGGCUGCUGGACUACCUGCAGGACAACGAGUUCAUCUGCGGCAGCUAUCGUUGUGAGCAGUCCGUCCGCGACGCGCUCCGCAGCGUCUUCGCAGGGCACAACGAGAUCCUCAACGUCUGGAAGGAUAAAGUGAAGAAAAAGAAGAAAAGAUUACUAGAAGAUUAGUUUUAGGAUUUUCUUUUAUUUCCUUGCAAUUUUCCUUUUAUUGGAUACUUGUAAAG